AAAAAGAAUUUUGUUGAAGAAACUUCUCUUUCAUUUUCAAAUCAUGUGGUUUAAUUUGGUGAACAUUUGCGCCAUUGUGGUGAUUUUGAGUGAAAGUUCUCAGUGUUCAGAAGAUGGAUCACGUUUUGGCAUAAAAUACCCAAAAAGACCUCAUAUAAUUAUUAUCUUGGGAGAUGAUAUGGGUUUCAAUGACGUCAGCUAUCAGACUACUUCCGAGUACCUAACGCCAAAUAUUGAUGCCAUUGGCUAUCAGGGAAUGAUCCUCAAUCGACAUUACGCCUCUGAUAUGUGUACCCCAUCGAGAUCAGCUCUCCUCACGGGGAGAUACCCAGUUAAUAUAGGGAUGCAGAAUUUUGUGAUUGCAAAUUGUAUGCCAUACGGACUACCGCUUGACCUCAAAAUCCUCCCUGAAUACCUCAAAGAAGUCGGCUACAAAACACAUAUCGUUGGGAAAUGGCAUCUUGGCUUCUGCAGGAAGGCUUAUACGCCUACAAAGAGGGGUUUUGAUACAUUCUUUGGAUUCUACACUGGAUCAAUUGAUUAUUAUACCCACAUGAGUCCAGAAUUUAGUACUAAUGGAUACGAUUUCAGAAGGAAUUUAGAUGUAACGUACGAAGGGGAAGGAGUUUAUUCAACUUACCUCUUCACAAAUGAAUCAUUGCGAAUAAUUCGUGAUCAUAACCCCGAAGAACCUCUCUUCCUCCUAACAUCGUACAAUUCACCUCAUGCAGCUGCCAAUUUUGGGACACCUUUGGAAGCACCGCAGGAUGAAAUCGACAAAAUUUAUUAUGUAAAAAAUAACGAAACUAAAAUUUAUGCUGCAAUGGUGGCAGCAAUGGACAGGGGAAUUGGGCAAAUUGUUGCUGAAUUUUCGCAUAAAAAAAUGCUGAGCAAUUCUAUUGUGAUUUUCUACUCGGAUAAUGGUGUUCCAGAGGAGGGAUUGUUUGCAACCGUAGGCAGCAAUUAUCCCUUUCGUGGGCAAAAACAUUCUCCAUGGGAAGGAGGCUUAAGGGUUCCAGCAGUUUUAUGGAGCCCAUGGACUUUGAAGCAAAAAGUAUCGGAAAACUUAAUCCAGAACACAGACUGGAUGCCGACCUUCCUAGCCUUGGCUGGUGUAAAACCAACACAGCCAAUCGAUGGAUACAACAUCUGGCCAACAUUGACGGAAAACGUUCCCAGUCCUAGGUACGAGAUAAUCAACAAUAUUAACCCGAUUGAGGGAUGGAGUUCAUACUACUACAAAGGAUGGAAGUACAUCAACGGCACAACGUCUGAUGGGAUGUUUGAUGAAUGGUACGGCACAAGAGCGGCUUAUCAGCCAUUUGCUGGGAAAUACCCGGAAAUUGUUAAAUCAAGUCUCGCCUGGAAAGCAUUAGCGCCAUUUUCCCCGCGAAGUCUAUCAAAUAGACGCAUGAGAGCGAUGCAGCAGAGUACAAAGGUUGUCUGCCAACCACCUGUACCCUAUGCAACAGAGUGCAAGCCCCUAGAGGCACCUUGCUUAUUUAAAAUCAACGAAGAUCCGUGCGAGAUUAACAAUGUCGCUGCUAUUUAUCCCUUCCAAACCUACUUAAUGCAUAUCCUUGUCAAAAGACUCGAAGCUCAGUCAAGGUAUCCCGUGAGUAAACCUUCGGACUAUGAGGCUUGCGAUCCAAGGAAAUUCAAUGGAACCUACACGUGGUGGGUUGACUUAGAAGAUCCUAUGUAUCAAUGAUCAUUGAUUCAAAAAAUAACGUUUUUUGUAAUAAUUUAAAUAAAUAAAAAGUGAGGUUAAAAU